UGAUGCCAAACCUAAUUCAUAGUGAUACGCAGAUAUCCGUAUUUGAAACAAGAUUGACCAUUGAACAAAACACACUUUCAGUUUUCAAUAUUGUGAUCCAGAGUCCUCAGUCAUCUGUUUCUUUGAUUCGAUAUCCUUUUGACCUAGUUGAAUUUCACCAAAAAAUCCGCCUUUAUUAUCCCAAAUCAAAAGUCUCAUUUCCGACCCUUAGUAACCCUUCAAAAAGACUGCGUUGCUUGAAGCGUCGAUCAUUUAGAGAUUUGUUACCAUUUGCUCGCAGGAAAUCAAAUGCCGAUAAAGUCGAAAAGUAUCUUGAGGCUUGCUUUCAGCAUCCUAUCAUUGGUAUCUCUUCAAUCUUCCGAGAUUUCACGAGUGUUCAACGUGACGAAGAUGUUUACCUUACUUCACGCUUUAGAAAGUCAGUGGCUGAGCCGACAAAUGUCCCAAACAGGUCCAAUGUCACAUCUAUUACAAUUGAUGAUUUUAGGUUACUUAAAGUUCUCGGUAAAGGAUGUAUGGGAAAAGUCUUGCUUGUUCGCUCAAAAAAAGAUCAAAAGCUGUAUGCAUUGAAAUCCAUAAAAAAGAAGUGGGUGAUUCAACAAAAAGAACUGAUCCAUACACGUGCAGAAAGAGAUAUAUUGGUUCAUUUGCAAAACCAACCCUUCCUUGUUCAUCUCAAUCACGUAUUUCAGACCCAUUCAGAGCUUUUCCUCGUGCUGGACUAUUAUGCUGGAGGUGACAUCGCUACACAUCUUUCAAAUAUGUCUCAUUUUAGUCAGGAACAAACUCGUUUUUAUGCUGUUGAAAUCAUACUUGGCUUAGACAUAUUGCAUCAAAAUGGGAUUGUUUAUAGGGAUCUUAAACCGGAAAACGUACUUAUUGGCCAAAACGGCCAUAUUGUCUUAACUGACUUCGGUCUUUCUAAAAUGUUCACUUAUGAUGAUAUUGAUGAAUUCAGUGUUCCUUCAACACAAACCUUUUGUGGCACUGCUGAAUACUUGGCUCCUGAAGUACUUUUGGGCGAACCUUAUACCUAUGCAGUGGAUUUCUGGAGCUUGGGGACACUUCUGUAUGAAAUGCUUGCUGGAACGACACCAUUUUGGGCAGACUCGCAUAUGGAAAUGUAUAAAAGGGUGCUAGAAGAUUCACUUGAAUUUCCUUCUUCUUUUGGUGAAAGUACCAAGGAUCUCCUUGCAGGACUCUUGGAAAAAGAAGCUUUUCAUAGAUUAGGUUGGGGAGAAGAUGGUAUUGACUGUAUCAAAUCGCAUCCUUACUUCGAGUCAAUUGAUUGGGACAAAGCUUUCGAACGAAACCUAACCCCACCUUAUGUUCCCAACAUUAAGGAUGAGGCAGAUGCGUCCAACUUUGAUGAACUUUUUACAGCUAUGCCUGUUCAAAUUAGUCAAUCUUCUGUAGUGGAUAUGGAUCAAGUUGAGAAUCUGCCAGGCUUUUGCCCUGGGCAAGACCCUUUUAAAGGGUUUUCAUUUGAAUCAAGCGAACAGACAUCAUCUGAGAAUCAACAUGUCCGCACACUGACAAGAAAGCCCGCUUGUUUUUUAGAGCAUCAUCCUAGCAACAGCAAGAAGAUACGAAAAAGACACAACGAUGCUGUCUCUUUAACAAGGCAAUCUUCAGGUUGGAGUAUGCUAAGUAAUCAAUCAGUGGAAGGCGUUCGAGUUACAAAAAAACGACAUGUUUCGCCCAUGUUUCCAGCUCAGAAUAGUCAUGUAUCAUCUCUUGGCGAGCAAACAGCACAGGGAAGAAGAACGUCAUCGAUUUGCUCUCUUUCAUCGGUAGCUGCACGCCCAGUACAAACUGAGAGUCAAUUGGAAGUUUAUGAACAGUCCAUGCAUGAAGACUUGCCGCACUCACAUCUACACUAAACAACUCUAUGCAUUAUUAUUUGACAUCUGAUAAUAAUAUCAUUAAUUGCUAAAGUUGUGUAACAUGGCCUUUUCCCAACAUCGCCUAAAUAAUUCCGACCUUUUUAUUCUUACUAAUUUUAUUAUAUUAUGUUUGUUUCAAUUAUAUGUCUCUUGAUAUGCAUAUUAACCUAAUUAUGCGCCCUAUAAAAUUCACUUGCUUACAUAACUUACCAAUGCUUUAUCACGAAAAUAAAAAACAGACAAAAAAAUUCCUCAUCUAAGUGAUUACGACCCUCCUUUUUGUUCAUAUCUCCUAGCUAUAUUCUGUUUAAAGAAUGCGUUGCACAGUCUCCUUUUACAAAAUUAGGUUGAGUGCAAAUUAAUAAAUUACAUUUCCACAUUAAAUUGAAAC